AUGGCAAAAUCUUUUGAUGGAGUGGACUGGACCUUCCUUCUAUCCAUAAUGCUGAAAAAUGGCUUCAAUGAGCAAAGGUGUAACAAGAUAAAGCAGUGCAUAUCAACCUCCACUUCUGCUGUUCUCAUAAAUGGUUCACCUGAAAUUUUUUUCAAACCCUCCAGAGGAUUAAGACAAGGUGACCCUUUCUCACCCUAUCUCUUUCUUUUCUACAUGGAGUCCUUAUCCAGACUUAUCUAUGCUGAGGAAUUGGGCCUUAUACAUGGCAAAAAGAUCUGCAAAAUUGCUCCUGCUAUCAACCAUCUUCUUUUUGCUGAUGACUGCAUGAUCUUCUGCAAAGCCAACUUAACUGAAGCUCAAAACAUUAUGGAUAUAUUACAUAUUUUUGGAAGCUCCUCUGGGAAACUCAUUAACUAUACUAAAUCUGAAGUCUUCUUCAGCAAAAACACAAACCCAAGCCUUAUACCUCAAAUCAGCAGCACUAUGGGUGUUCAAAUUCUUCAACUGGAUGAUAAAUAUCUAGGUUCACCCCUUUUCACACAUAUAAGAAAAAUCAUUUCCUUUAAUCUUGGAGUGGAAAAACUUAAGCUGAGAUUAUCUAGUUGGAAAAAUGUGCCCCUAAACCCUGCAGGGAGGGAGGAAACAUCAAUGAUACCAGAGGACAUCCAGGACAUUUUGGAGCUGGGGGAACAACAUGAGUGCUGGAAGGAUGUGCAGUCCUUCCAACGACAGUUCUCUAUAUCAGCCUUAGGUGCUCUUUUGGUACUCUAA